AUGAUUUAUGAAUGCAUGGACAAUUUGCUAUGUGAUGAGGUCUGGUUUUCGGGUUCUGAAAAUACCUUUGAAGAAGUUGGUGACUUUGUUGCAUUCAAGAGUUAUGAAAACAAGGAAUUUGAAGAGGCUUUUACACUGUAUCUAGAGAAGGAGGUUUCUUCUUUGCCUGAACAAGACUAUACACACUACUUACACUCCAACAAUUUGUUUGUUCCUAGGUGUAAAGUUAUUCAAUGGCUUAUCAAGUGUGGAAGUCACUUUAAUCUUUCCUUUGGGACAGUUUUCUUGGCUGUGAAUUAUCUUGAUCGCUUUGUAUCCAUUUGUCAAUGCAAUGCUUGGAAAUACUGGAUGUUUGAAUUGCUUUCUAUUGCUUGUUUAUCAAUUGCCAUAAAGUUCAAUGAGAUCUCAGCACUUUCCUUGCAUGAAAUUCAGGUGGAGGGUUUGGACUACUCAUUCCAAUCAAAUGUAAUUUUGAAAAUGGAGCUGAUCCUAUUGAAGGCAUUGGGGUGGCAUCUUAACUCUGUGACAAGUUUUGCUUUUGUGGAGAUGCUAGAUGUUGAUUUCUUGGAAUCUCAUCUUUAUGAGAAGCUUAUUUCAUCAGUCACUGAACUCCUUCUCCAAGCUACUUUAGAUCAGAAAAUGCUGGAGUUCAGACCAAGCAUUGUUGGCAUAUCUGCAUUGUGGUGCACUCUAGACCACUUAUUUCCACCAGCAUCAGAUACUUUCAUAGCUUAUAUUCUGAGACUCUUGAGCCAAACUCAGAAGGAGGAUAUCAUCAAGUGUCAUGAGUUGAUGCAAACACAAACUUCAUUGUGCUGUGAAAAUCACCACCACUGCCCUUUAAGCCCAACAACAGUACUGUUAUGA